CUCUUAAAUACGAGGAUGGAGAAAUAGACGACUCGGCUCCUCACCUCCGUAAAGAACGGAGGAAAACGGCGGGAGGUGAGCAGGAAGUCCGGAAGAGCCGCCGUUCCUCCAGUCAGAGCUUCCCCGACGUUUUAUCUUCCUCUGCCGGCUCUUCCCGCUCCGCCUCUCCCACCGCUGCUCUCUCCCCCUCCGUCUCCUCCGCCUCCUCCAGCCCCACCGUGGGUUAGGCAGCAGGGCUUCCUCCCCGCUGACCUCUGACCCCGGGUAGCUCCGCCUCCAGCCCCUCGCUGUCUCAGGCCGGCUCUCCUCAGUCGUCGCAGCGGCGCCGCUAACGGAGGAGUGAGCCGCGAGCAGGAGGAGACGACGCCAACCAGCCCGGGUCGGUCUUUCCUCAGUCACCACAUGUCGGCUUUAGGUCUGAGCAGGAAGUCUCGGCUGUUCACCAAAACCAGCUCCAUCUCUGAGGAGCCGUCCAGCAGCUCCUCUCCCUCAGACGUCUUUCAGCAGCAGAAGUCGGAGCAGCCGAGCAACAAGACGGAGAAUAAAACCAGUUUCAAAGACACCUUCCUGCGCAGUCUGGCCGCUCAGCAGUGGGAGAAGAAGAGAAGAAGUAAAAACCUCAGCCAAUCCAAGCUGCCCUCUGAUGAUGUCAUAACCUCGCCGCCGCAGCAUGCGGAGAGCGGCGGCGGCGGCUCGGCUGCAGCGGAGCGUCCUCACGCAGAGCGUCCUCCUCAUGCUGUGUCUGCAGGAAACGACACCAACGGACACUCUGAGGCACAGAAUGACCCAGCUUCAGGUGUGCAGCGGCAGUGCAGCACGUUGUCCAAUGAUAAGAAGUUCCUGCUGGAUAUGCUCUACUCUAAAACCACCGCAGCUCCUCUGAGCCCGAGCAGCAGCGCCGACACCACCGAAGAAGAAGCAGCCUUCCUGCCAGCUGGAGGCGAUCUGUCGGGUCGCGGCCGCGUGUUGGAGCGUCUGUCGAGCUUCAGAGCUCGAUCCGAGGAGCCGGUCGGUCCGAGUGAGAGCAGCGCCUCCCGCAGGGCGGAGCUGGAAGGACUGGAGGGUUCGGCUCAGGCGGCGCGAGCCCGGCUGGCCGAAGAACAACAGACUCGUCACCUCCGUCAGCAGAGCAGCAUCGAUGUAGAGACUCAUUCCCGCCGGCUGGACGCGACCCAGAUGACUCCGCUGGGUCCCGGGGGUCCUGCGGACGCUUGGGACCAGCUGCAGCCGAGCGCCGCCGCGCUGCGCAUCAAAGACCUCGACUUCUCCGACCUGCUGGACGAGGAAGACAUCGACGUCCUGGACAUGGACACCUUCGACUCCACCGCCUCUUCCUCCCGCUUGUCUGGUAUUCCUCCUCCUCCUCCUCCUCCUCCUGGCUCGGGCCUGGCUCCUCCUCCUCCUCCUCCUCCUCCUCUUCCUUCAGGUGGUGCAGGUCCUCCUCCUCCGCCUCCUCCUCCUCCUCCACCAGGAGCUCCUCCUCCUCCUCCUCCUCCUCCCAUGUCGGCGGCGGCAGCGUCUUCCUCCUCGCAGCAGAAGAAGAAGAAGACGGUGAAGCUGUUCUGGAAGGAGCUGAAACAAGCCGACGGGCCGAAGAAGUGUCGCUUCGGCCGCGGGACGGUUUGGGCGUCUCUGGACAAGGUGGCGGUGGACACGGCUCGCCUAGAACACCUGUUUGAGUCCAAAGCCAAAGAGCUGCCCGUCGCCAAGAAAGGACCGGAGACCAAAAAGUCUGAGAUUCUGGUUCUGGACCCGAAGAGGAGCAACGCCAUCAACAUCGGGAUGACCGUCCUGCCGGCCGUUCACGUCAUCAAGACCGCCAUCCUCAACUUCGACGAGUUCGCCAUCAGCAAGGAGGGCAUCGAGAAGAUCCUGACCAUGACUCCCACAGAGGAGGAGAAGCAGAGGAUCCAGGAAGCCCAGCUGGCCAACCCUGACGUUCCUCUGGGCACGGCGGAGCAGUUCCUGUGCAGCCUGGCCUCCAUCAGUGCCUUGACCCCCCGCCUGCAGCUCUGGGCCUACAAGCUGAACUACGAGGCUCUGGAGAAGGAGAUCGCAGAGCCGCUGUUUGACCUGAAGCUGGGCAUGGAGCAGCUGGCGUCCAAUCAGACCUUCAAGAGGAUCCUCGCCACGCUGCUCGCCAUCGGAAACUUCCUCAACAGCUCCAACGCUAAAGGCUUUGAGCUGGGUUACCUGGAGAAGGUGGUGGAGGUGAAGGACACGGUUCACCGUCAGUCUCUGCUGCAUCACACCUGCAUCCAGGUGGUGGAUAAUUACCCAGAAUGCUCUGAUGUCUACUCAGAGAUACCUGCCAUCACCCGCUCCGCCAAAGUGGACUUCGAACUGCUCUCGGAGAACCUGGUGCAGCUGGAGAAACGUUGCAAAGCAUCAUGGGACAAUCUGAAGGUGGUGGCCAAACACGAAACGAAAGCCGUGCUGAAGAACAAGAUGACCGACUUCCUGAAGGACUGUACGCAGAGAAUCAUCAUCCUGAAGGUGGUCCACAGGAGGGUCAUAAACAGGUUUCACUCCUUCCUGCUGUUCCUGGGUCAGCCGUCUUCCUCCGUCAGAGACAUUAAAGUAACGAGCUUCUGCCGCAUCGUCAGCGAGUUCGCUCUGGAGUACCGGACCACCCGAGAGAGAGUUCUGACCCUCAAACGCAAGCGGGCCGCCCACCGGGAGAGGACCAAGACCCGCGGCAAGAUGAUCACUGAGACGGAGAAGUUUUCGGGGGCGGUGCCUCGUCAGGAUAGCCCCUCCCCCGUCUCCAUGGCAGCGGAGGCACCGACGGGUCAAGAGGAGGAACACGAGAACAUGAAGAACCUUCUGAUCAGCAACAAUGAUCCCAGCAUGGAGCAGAGAGGAGGAGGACUGAGACGCUCCAGAGCCAUCCGCAGUCUCGGCAGAGUGAGUCCUCCUCAGAUGUCGGUUGCUAAGGACGACGGGACGAGUUCCCAGGACGACCACACAGACGAGAUCAUGGACCGACUGGUCAAAUCCGUUACCCAGAAUCCUUCAGACCGAGCGUCCAGCCCCAAAACACGCAAACGCUCCCGACUCAACAGGAAGUCACUGAGACGGACUCUGAAGAGCGGCCUCGGCGUAGACGUGGUUCAGGCUCUGGGACUCAACAAUAAGAGCGGAGAGCGACUGUGAGCUCAGGAUCGAUCAGACCGAUCAGACCGAUCAGUGAACAGUAUUGAUUAUUGAUCAGAGGAGACGACACAACGAUCCUGAUCAUCAAUCUUUGUGUUUUAACUCAAAGUGAACAAACUUUUUUUUUUCUCUCUGAAGAAGAAAAACCUGCUGUUUUUGGUUUUCUGUGGUUCUCUAAACGUUGUCCUAAUGUUCUCCUUUAAAGCACCAGAGGUACAUUCACUCAGCUCUGCUCUGACUGUCACACAUCAACACAUUUAGUUCAUUAUCACAACGAGCACAUUAUACACUAAACAUGUUGUAACAGGUUUCACUCAUUAAGGAGGGUUAGGGUUAGGCAGUCUGCUGUUCAGACACAAACCAACAAGUUAUUAGAGUUUAUAUUUAAAUCAUUUCUGUAGUUUUUAAACACAAACAGGAGGAAAAGGUUGGUUUAUAAUUAUUCUCAGCGGUGGAAGAAUCUGCACUUGGUGUUUUAUAGUUAAUGUUUCUAAAAUACAUCACUAUAUUUAUGGAUUGUUGGUUUGAGUUUGAACAUGAAGGAAACCCAGAAAUCAUCAGACUGAAAACUUGUUGGAUUAAAACUAAAAACUUCGUCUGAGCAAUAAAACGUCUCGUCCUGGAAAAUGAAAGAAAGUCCUUGAAGGUUUUUGAAGGGACUCGAUUUUUAAACCAAAAUGCAAAAACACCAAAAACAAGACUUUUAAUGUGACAUUUAAAUGUUUUUCAGUAUUUUACAUUUUUUAUGGUUUAAUUCUGAACCUGAAUUUAUUUAUUGAGAAACUGACGAUUAAAUAAAGCAAUAAAAACCUGAUAGUUAAAGAUAA